CCAUGCCCUCUGCCUUGCUCUCGCACAGUCGGCGCCGCCGCUAUGACCUACUCCCUUCGAUUGGAAUUACUUGUCUCGAAAAUGGAUGUAUCUAGAUGUAUUUUAGUUCUAUAUACAUCCGUUUCCGAGACAAGUAAUUCCGAACGGAGGGGGUAUGAGUUAGAGGAUUGUGCAGUCGCCGCUGCCGCUAUGAGCUAGAAUUGCACUGUCGCCGCUUGAUAGGGUUCGGGGGAAUCAGACGGGGUAGAGAGACGAGUCGGGCCGGGAGAGAGGGCUGGUUUGGCCUUUCCUUUUUUGCGUGUGGUAUAGCUUGGGGUAAUUCCGUCCACCUAAAAAAAUUGACUGCCUAAAGGCUGACAGGAAUUAAACGGUAGAGGAUAACGGAAGUGACAUAAGUGUCAAAAAAGGCAUAAAAUUUGGACUUACUGUUGGAUAAGGAAGAAAAAAAAUCAGAGUAAAAUAGGGAAGAAAAAUUAAGAUGAUGUUAAAUAAGGAAUUAUCUCUUCCCAAUUCCAUGCCACACCUACACCCAGAUCUAGCGCACCAUGGCAGCAGCGCUGCCGUCGCUCCCGGACGAUCUUGUCCAAGAGAUCCUCCUCCGCUUCCCGACCGACGACCUGACCUGCCUCCUCCGAUCCUCACUCGUCUGCAAGGCCUGGAGCGGCAUUAUUUCCUGCCACGACUUUCACUGCCGCCUCCACGAGCUCCACCGGGCACCACCUCGGCUUCCUCCACAGCGGGACGAGUGAGGGCACCCCCUGCUUCAUCCCCACCACUGCAUCGUCCUUCUCCCUCGCUUCCCCGAACCACUACUCGUGGCUGGCCCUCGACUGCCGCCAUGGACGCUCCCUCUUCCUCUCCAGAUCUCAGGAUGUCGAGGAACUCCUCGUCUGGAAGCCAAUCAUGGGUACCCAAGAGCGUGUACCGGUGCCCAUAGCGUUUGAGUUCGGCUACUCGGCUGCGGCCGUGUUCUGCACAGUGGAUGGGUGUGACCAUCGCGAUUGCCUUGGGGGUCCUUUCUGCAUGCUUUUCGUCUUCUCCUCUAAGGAAGACGCCGACGAGGGUGUCACGUCGGCAUGCAUAUACUCGUCGGAGACUGGUGCCUGGGGCGGGAUGACCACAAUGCACGGUGAGUUCAUAGGAUUCACAAAAUAUUCAAGUGUGCUCAUUGACAGCUCUCUGCUCUACUUCAUCGUCUACGACUACGUGGACACUGAGUCAAUCCUGGAGUAUGACUUGUCAAGGCAUGUUCUGACUAUAUUCGGCGUACCAGACAACUAUUAUGACUGCACAUGUACUCUCAUGGUGACGGAGGACGGUGGGCUGGGAUUAAUCCAAGACUUGCGUCGGCAUCUCAAGUUGUGGACAAGAGAGGCGAGUGAUGGCGCUGAUGCAAAAUGGUUGCUGAGCCGGGUAAUCUACCCGCACAAUUUGCUCCCAACCAGUGCUUUGUUGGAUGAAUGUUAUGUAGUGGCACUGAAGGCCUUUGCUGAGGGAGCAAAUGCAAUUUUUGUUACUACAGUUGCCGGCCUCUUUGCAAUUGAUCUACAAUCUGAGCUGGUGAGGAAGGUGUCCGACCAUUGUGGCUUCCGUUUCCAUAAAUUGAUUCCAAUUGUCACCUUCUACACUCCUGCGCCAAGAGGCGACCACCAGAAUCAACUGCUAUCGAAGCCUAGUGAGGAGGCAUGUAGUGGGGAGGGGGGAGAGGGGGAGAAAACAAUACAUCAGGCACACCAGCUGUUCAAUAAGGGGUCCAAUGCUAUCAAUGAGGGAGAAUUUGUCAACACCUUUGAAUGCAUCAGCCACGACAAUAAUGUCAGGGUUCCGCAUCAUGAGGAAGUUGCUCUUGGAUGUGCUGCCACGUUCAAGAAAUAUGGAUGCACAUACAAUGCUCAAGAGGUGAAUGAUUCUUUGGAUGAUGUUACUAAGAGUGUGUCAAGUGAAGAAUCGUUGAAGGGCACAAGCAGCAAAGAUGAUGCUGGGGACUCAAAUACCUCUGGUAGCAAUGUUGAGGUAGCUGCUCCAUCUUCUAAGAAAGGUGAUUAUCAAGAAGGUAUUGUACAUCAUUGUCCCUUUCUUUGCCCCAGUGGUGAUGCCAGGGCUGCGCAACUGUGUGGUGAAAUACUUUUUCCAGUGAAAUUUGCAUUCUUCUCUAGGUUUCUGCAUGAAAUUUCAAUUCUAUGGAAUAGUUUCACAAAAAAAAAUUGGGAUCAACCAGCCCUGCAGUUUUAACGAGCCACUGCCACUGCCACCGGAUAGAUACACACAGAUAAAUGGCCAUUUAAUCAUAUACAAAAGAAUGUCUUGUUUGGGACUUGGAAGGAACUGUUUGCUGUUUGGACUUUUCUCGUUAGUUCUCGUCAUCAUUCAAUAGAAUCACGUUUAAUAUAUGUUGUUCUGGUAGCAAUUCUUUUUUAAUCAUAUAGAUAGUAGAUGAUGUUGCUGAAAGCACAAGAUAAUUCCAUUUCUGGGAAAAAAUAUUGUUCGGGUUGGCCAUAUCUUAAACUUGUGUCUGGUGUCGUAUGUCAGCCAUUUGCCUUCUACAUUUGUAUACAUAUAUUUUAUCUUUCCUACAUAUACACUUAAAUAGCAAUGCCAUUUUCACAUAGAUGGAUCUAUCUAAAUAGUGUACUUGCACAAGGUAGCUUUUACUACAUAAGAGUUACUAUUUUCAGCAAUGUCUUACAUAAGUUAUGCAAUAAUGUCAAUAGUUGAUGUGAAAUGAACCAAUCUAUUAUCAUGAUCAUGCUAUGAUGAUUAAGUUGGACCAUUUAAGCAUUUGUAUGCAUCUCUUUCUGUUGAGAUAUUUGUUUAUGGCAACAAUAGAAGCACUAUAAAUAGCCUUGGGGUUGCAGGCAGAGGCUUAAAAUGUGAUAAUGUCGGGUCUCUGCUGAACCCUCUCCAAAAAGACUAGCAACAGAUUGUUCACUGCUUGUGAAAUGUGAUUCAGCUAGACUAACCAUUAUUUGACUUGUUAUUUUUUCCUUAUGAUGUUUCAAUGUUUGCCAUGUUCCAUAUCCCAUUGCAAGGUCUGUCAUCAGUCGUGUCUUUCAUGCUUCUAAACGACUGUCAUUGUUUGCUCCUUGCUGUGAUGAGAGUGUGUUUGCUUUAGUCUGGGAGGUUUGUAAAAACCAUUUUGCUUGUUCUCGUGCACGUAUAUUAUGUUGCUUUUUGAGGAAAACUCACAUUUAUUUUACAUUUACAUGCCUUUUGAAGGAGUUUAGCUUUCCAUAUAUAGCUGAUGUACUAACAUCUCAAUCUAUUGCUAUGUGCUGCUAGUGCUACGCUGAUGGUCAGGCCGGACAUCUCAUGAGUCAAGUCAUCAGCGCCGUUAGUAGGAUCCCUUUCUUUUCUGCAGAUGGGAAUCAUGAGUUUUACCUCUCAUUUAUCAUGGUAAAUUGGAGUUGAGGGUCCAGACUAAAUGGAGCAAGCAAAGAUGGCACCCGAAAGCAAGUGAAUGCUGCUGAAGACUUUGCUACUUGGACUUAAAAAACUAUUUGUAGCUCCUACCUGUAACCUGAUUGUUUCUGUGGAGUGAUGUCGAUUCAGACCCUAUUUGUUUGUCAUGUUAUCCUAUUUCAUCUUCAAGAAAUAGGAUAACCAUAAUCGACAUGUUUCAUCGGUUGUGAGAAAACAGUAAUGUGAUUUUUUCCCCUA